UUUUCUAUUUAUUUCCUUAUCCUUCUCCCAGGCUUUCUUUUACAGUAUGAGUGGAGGAUGUUCAUGCCCAACAGUUGUAUGUCCUCCUCCUCCCCCUCCUAUUUCUUCUCAAAAUUGUGGUGGAGGAGGUUGUGGAGGAGGAAGUUGUGGAGGUAGUGGUGGAGGAGGUGGGGGUUGUGGAGGCUAUGGAGGAGCUGGAGGUUGUAGUGGAGGGUGUGGAGGAGCAGCAGGAGCUGGAGGCUGUGGUGGUGGAGGAAGUUCUGGUGGAUGCGUGGUAAUAAACUGUGAUAAUGGUUGUGGAGGUUCUUCAGGCUGUGGAGCAAGUUCAGGUUCUUCAGGUUGCUCAGGAAGCUCUUCAAAUUGUGGAGGAAGUACAGGAGGGUGCGGGACAGGUCCUACAGGUUACGCAAGUCGUGGUAGUUCAGGAGGAUGUGGAGGAGGAAGUUCUUCAGGUUGCGGAGGAGGAAGCCACCAACCGUAUCCAUCAGCACCCAGUUCUACUCGGUUAACCAUCGAAUGUUCUAAGGACACAACCACAGGUAUAAUUAACUUAUUCAACCCAAAUAUUUUUAAAAACGCAGGAGGAGGUUGCAGCACAAUAAACAAUUGUUUACCUCAACAACCACAAUCUAAUAGUUAUGCAAAAAGCAGUUCUGGAGGAGGGAGUUAUAGCAGCAACAAUAUAGGGCAACAACAACAACCAACAAGUGGGUGUUCCACUGAUUGUUCUCCUCCUCAGGUUCAACCACCCCAACAACCUCAGCAACAACAGCAACCCCAACAAACCCCUCAACCAUACAAUCCAAUCCCUCCUCUUCCCCCUCAAAAUUAUGUUGCGCCCUCUCUCCCUACAGCAGAGUGUCAAAGUGCAACGCCAAAUGAAUGUAAUAUUCUCCCUCAACCUUCUAUUAAUCCGCAACCUGCUUGGUCUUCGGGUGCUGGGGGUACUUAUGCACAGAAAAACAACGAAGGGGAUAGAGAGCUUUUACAACAAAAUAAAGGAGAGGGCUACUCGGGAAGUGAUGGUGGUGGAUUUGGUCAGGUAAUAGGUCUCUUUGUUGCUUCAAACCUCAAACACUCCCGAUAAACCACAAUUUAAGAUACCUUUUAAAAUUUGGUUAGUCAAUGGGUAGGGGAAGUUGUCUAAGCCAUAACCUCUAUUUAAAGGUUAUUAUCGAGUCCCUAGGAGGGUAGAGAGGUCUGAAAGUCUACCUCUAUCUUUUAGCCAAGGGGGCCAGAUUUUACUAAAUUCCAAAGACUUCCUUCAUCUCUUAAGGGAAACUACGAACAGUCAUCAACAUUUCCACCUCUCACAACAUAUAAACAACCACAACAAUUACCAGAACAACAACCUAUACA